UCGGAUUCCCAACACUGUCCGACUGCUCCCAUAAGCCCUAUAUAUUAGUAGCGCAACAAGCUUUACCUUCAAUGAACGCAGGGAAGAGGCGCGAUUGGCUGAGAACAGCAACGCUCAGACACAAAACCGAGGAUCAAGCCUGACCAUCAGGACUACAGCAGAUCAAACUCGCGCGGACAUCCUCGCACAUUUUGCACAGGGACUGUGAUAUCUGCUGCAGGAACGUCGAUCUUUGGAAACUUGCAUUUGGACUAUUUUGAGUACACCAAAGUGACAUCUUGUCUGAAUUUCCCCCUUUUUUCUCGCUGUCUUUGCCUUAUUUUGGGGGUCCGUGUGAUGCUCUCCCUCUCAAGAGACAAGAGUUUGGAAACGCAUUCAGCACUUAUAUAUUACACCUAGAUCAGCUUCAACAGUCCCGUACCUCCAGCAUGGAUCGCUGUCAACGGCUGUUUAUCCUCCUGUUGGGAUGGGGUUAUCUGUGCUGUGGAUACUGUGCUGUGCUUAAACCACCCUUCAUGGGUUUCUCAAAAGACGUGCAAUUUGGACAAAAAGUGGAGGCGCAAGAUAAGCAACAUGCAAAGAAAAGCGAGCAGGACACGCUGUCAGAACACAUGCAGAUGCUCUACGCCAAAUACACCAGCGCGGGAUUCCUUCUCAAAGAUGGGAACACUGUCCGCGGCUUCAAAGGCCAUUUGGGGACCAUCAAUAAUAAGCAGUUACAGAUCUUCAACCUCACUUCCCUCACUAAGUCUGAGGACGUUCUCUCAGCAACGCUGCACUACUAUAUCGGCGACCUGCAGAACAGCAGCCAUAGAUGCACAAGGCACAAAAGUUGCGCUCACCAUAACCUCAGAAGACAAGGUCAUAUUCACCUUGAUGUCUGGAGCUUUAGCUUUGUGGAUAACACCACCAGAACAGUCGGCCAUUUCUCCAUUAACAUCUCCACAAUGUACCGGGACUUCAUAUCAUGGCAGUGGAAAGACAUUACUCGUGUAGUCAACCAAGCCAAGCGACACGACCAGCUUCUCAUAGGCAUUAACAUUGACUCAAAAGGACAUCAUCCUUGGAAGAAACUCUUGUCAGAUAGGUCUCCUUACAUUCUGGUCUACGCAAAUGACUCGGCUAUCUCAGAGCCUGAGAGUGUCGUGUCCACCCUGCAGAGACACAAAAGCAGACUGGUGCCUAAUCUUCAUAUGCUCGAAAUACAUAAUCGCAGUGCCUCCUCACAACAUCGGACCAAGCGGUCUGCCAACAUCCUGCUGCCGCUACAGAACAAUGAGCUUCCAGGCCCAGAGUACACUUAUGAGGUACCUACAUGGGAUGAGACCAGCCCUUAUGAUCCAGUGGAGAGUAAACCAGUCAAGCGCCCUCGCAAGAAGCCUCGCAAGAAUCCACGGCUCAAGACCCCUCUCCUGCAGUUCGAUGAGCAGACCAUUAAGAAAGCACGUAAGAAGCAGUGGAACGAGCCGAAGAACUGUGCUCGCAGAUAUUUAAAGGUAGACUUUGCAGAUAUCGGCUGGAGCGAGUGGAUUAUCUCCCCCAAGUCUUUUGAUGCAUACUACUGCUCGGGGUCAUGUCAGUUCCCCAUGCCAAAGUCUUUGAAACCUUCAAACCACGCCACCAUUCAGAGCAUCGUGCGGGCAGUGGGGGUGGUCCCAGGCAUCCCAGAGCCCUGCUGUGUACCGGAGAAGAUGUCUUCCCUCAGCAUCCUCUUCUUUGAUGAAGACAAGAACGUGGUUCUCAAGGUCUACCCCAAUAUGACAGUGGACUCCUGUGCCUGUCGGUAAACGCUUUGGUCUCUUUCACAGCCUCCCUCCCUUAAACUGAUUCCCAAUUUUUGCACUGGAAGAAAGACUGAAGAUGUCCAUUUCAUAACCCUUGAAGAACUAUCUCCAGCUUUAAGGAUUGUGAAGAGCAAAGUGCUUUUCCAGAAGGAAUUCAUUACUGUUAGCAGGAGGCUUCAUGCAUCACUAGAGAUAUGAGCAUAUGAAGAGACUGUCCAUCUGCGUUUGACCAGGAAGUUCUCGUGUUUCUAUAACCUCAGCAGUUAAGCAUACAGGGGACAAAUAUUUGCUGUCAUCCAUCAAAUUUCUGUACAGUUUGUAUGAUCUGUCAUAAUUAUAGCUAUAUUUUUUGCUACAGAGGCAUUGACUGACUCUCAUUGUUCAUAAUCUAUGGCUGCUAUACCGAGGUAGACUUUUCUCCAGAGCCAAAAUGUGCUGAAAAGAGGACUUAAAAAAAAAGAAAAAAAAGAUUUAUAUUAAAAUGAAUACCUAUAUACAGUAAGUUACAUAUUCAGUUUUCCACAUUAAGCUUAAAACAGUGUUUAAUUUCUGGGUGAUUCUGUAUUGAAUGUCUUUAAUCUUCAGAAAAUAUAUAUAUAUUUAUUUUCUCUAAAAAUGUGCAUUGUUACGAGCUUACAUGUAAUAGUGUUACAUCACAUUUUGUAAACAUAAUUUUGUUUAGUCAGGCUUUUUUUUACUUGCAAUUAUAAAUAUGUUCCAUCAUGUUUCCAUCUGACCUACUAAUACAAGUUGAAUCCUCACAUUAAGCCAAAUUCUUAAUGUAUAUGCACGCGUUCUGUUUCACGUGAAAAACUUUUCUGCUGUUCCUCUGAAAACUGCAAAUAGAUUUCAAAAUGAGAAAUGUUUCAGAUGAUAUGUUCAGGAAGAUGAUUAAGAAAAUUGUAUGUAGGUUAUAUUAAGCCUUUGUCUCUUUAACAUAACAACGCCUAUAUAAAGUGCCUUACCACAUUAAAAAGAUUCAUCAUACAUAAAAAUAUUCUAUUAGAAUAUUUAUAUUUCACAAAGAUGAGUGUAACUUAUGUAAUGUUUUAUUAUGGCAGAAUAUUUUUAGUCUACCAGUUUGUUUGGAUAAAAUGUGAUCAUUUGUUCCAAUAAUGAUAUUUGUUCUGUAAUGAUACAUUUUGUUCUGUUUUAAUUUUUGAAAUUAGCAUAGAAGUAAAGCAAUGACAUAUUGUAAGCUGCAUGUUCAUAAACGGGGUGCAUUCAAGUUUUUUGUUGAUGUAAAUUCAACCUAUGAACAACAGAGAAAUGUAAACAUAUAUGAUAAAGUGGGCUAUUAUCUUAUUAAUAUAUAACACAUACAUCAAGAAACUCCUUUAGUAUUUGUGUAAUAUAUUUUUUGGAAGGCUUCCACUACACUGUGCGUUUUGUAAAUGUUAUGAUGUAGGUGAAAGGAUGUGCUUUGUAUUAUAAGCUUCAUAAGAAAUUAUAUUUGUAUAUGGAAAUGACCUUUAAAAGCAUUUAUUUAUUUUCUGUAUGAUGCCUUCUGUAUCUUAAUUUUGUGAAGCGCAGAGGGGCUUCUUUAAAUAUUCAUGGAGCUUUGCUGCACAAAGGUCAGACAGGGGUGCAAAAGGAAGCAAUCACAUGACUCAAAUGAGUGAGAAUGCUUAUUUUUGUAACACAUCUCCUUAGUUGAAAGAAGCCCUUUUGGCAGACCAUUCAAAGAAAACUCAAUAAAGUGUUAAGAAUUAUGUA